AUGAGGACUGGCGCUUUCUUGUACGCCUUACUGCUCGCAGCUUUGGCCCCUGCUGCGAGCCCACAGGAGUGUGGGAAAGACACGCUUGGUCACAACAGAGUGGAGGCGUUUGAUCAGCAGGACCCCGUGACAGAGGUCGAGAAGACUGCCGUGAGACUCAAUCCGACGAUCUUCGUCGGUAAAGGAUGCGCGCCGUAUCCUGCAGUGAAUUAUCGAGGUCAACUGAGUGAAGGUCUCAAACCUACGGGACCUGACGAUGGCAAUUGCAGGGGAUCCAGGCAUGGCUCCCAAGUCUACGGACGUGCAACCCAGUACAACACAAAGUGGGCUUUCAUGUUUGCAUUCUAUUCGCCGAAAAUCCAAGGAAAGCUUCAUAAUGCUCGCCACGACUGGAACAUUGCCCUUUUCUGGAUGAACCACCUUAAAGAAGCGGAGAAGAUUGACGUCCUGGUGUUGAUGAAUUAUCGCUGCGGGCUAUCCCAAAAAUCAAAAUUUGAGCCUUACGAAAUGGACGGUGACCGCGUCAAACUCGCCUUGGGUGGUGAUGAUCUCACACUGGAGGUGACCUCAGGGAACGGUGGUCGCACCCUCCCAUUGAUCAUGUGGGAGCAGCUGACGGACGAAGCGCGCAAUGCGCUUAAUUGCACCACGUGGGGCACCGAUUUCAAGAUGCCGUUAGUCGAUGACGAGUUCCAUUCCAUUUUGGAGAAGACUUGGCAUGUGAUUUAG